UCCCGCUGGCGAGAGGGAGAGAGAGGCCCGCCCGCUCGCCGGCUGGGCCAGUGUGGGCCACUGCGUGAGGGCGCGGGGGGCCGUGUCAGCGAGACGCAGAGCGCAGCCGCCACCCCCGAACGGACAUGUUGGAGCCCAGCGCCGCUGCCGCCUCCUUUUCCUCAUCCAGCAAACGGGACUGAGAAGGGGCCCGCCACCCCUCCGCCGCUGCCUCUGCUCGGCCGCUCGCCUCGCCGCCUCGGCCACAGCCCCUUCCUGCCCGGCCUCGGGCUCCGCAGCUCGUCGCCUCCCCCGCCCCAGGCCCGGCCGGUUCCUCGGCCCCGCUCCGCCGCGGCGCGAGGUCUAUGUGACCGGCGGGCCCGGAGCAGCCGCCGCCGCAGCGCGAACAUGGACGCCGUCAACGCCUUCAACCAGGAGCUCUUUUCACUUAUGGAUAUGAAACCUCCCAUCUCUAGAGCCAAGAUGAUUCUCAUUACUAAAGCUGCUAUAAAAGCUAUUAAGCUUUAUAAGCACGUAGUUCAAAUAGUAGAAAAGUUCAUCAAAAAGUGUAAACCAGAGUACAAGGUUCCAGGAUUAUAUGUAAUUGACUCAAUUGUGCGACAGUCUCGUCAUCAGUUUGGAACUGAUAAAGAUGUUUUUGGGCCAAGAUUCUCUAAAAACAUAACUGCCACAUUCCAAUAUUUAUAUCUUUGUCCAUCUGAAGAUAAGAGUAAAAUAGUUCGUGUGCUGAACCUUUGGCAGAAAAAUGGAGUGUUCAAAAUUGAAAUUAUCCAGCCUCUUUUGGACAUGGCAGCUGGAACCAGUAAUGCUGCCCCUGUAGCAGAAAAUGUUACCAACAAUGAAGGCUCACCUCCACCUCCAGUCAAAGUUUCUUCUGAACCCCCACAAACCACCCCAAACUCCAUACCUGCAGUACCACAGUUGCCCAGCUCUGAUGCUUUUGCUGCUGUGGCUCAACUGUUUCAGACAACUCAAGGCCAACAGCUUCAGCAGAUCCUUCAGACUUUUCAACAACCUCCAAAACCACAGUCUCCCGCUCUUGACAAUGCUGUGAUGGCUCAGGUUCAGGCUAUCACGGCUCAGUUAAAGACAGCUCCUACACAACCACCUGAACAAAAAGCUGCUUUCCCCCCACCUGAACAAAAAACUGCAUUUGACAAGAAGCUGCUUGAUAGAUUUGAUUAUGAUGAUGAGCCAGAAGCUGUGGAAGAAUCAAAGAAAGAAGAUGCUGCAGUCACCACUGCAGUACCUGUUCCUGCUGUUCCUCCUGCAUCUUCUGUAGCCACACCUGCUACCGCUGCUGCUGCACCCGCUGCUGCUGCACCCACUGCCACCUCACCACCUCCCCCACAGACAACAUUUGGAUUUCCUGGAGAUGGCAUGCAGCAGCCAGCUUAUACACAACAUCCAAAUAUGGAUCAGUUUCCACCUCGAAUGAUGGGAAUGCAACAAGAUCCAGUACACCAUCAGGUUCCACUUCCUCCUAAUGGACAAAUGCCAGGAUAUGGACUUCUUCCUACACCUCCAUUUCCUCCCAUGGCACAGCCUGUGAUUCCUCCAACUCCACCAGUACAGCAGACUUUCCAACCUCCUUUUCAGGCACAAAAUGAACAACUUACACAGAAGCCACAUCAGCAGGAAAUGGAAGUGGAACAGCCUUGUAUUCCAGAAGUUAAGCGGCAUAUGUCUGAUAGCAGAAAGUCAAGAUCUAGGUCAGCAUCCAGGUCACCAAAAAGGAGACGAUCUAGAUCUGGUUCUAGAUCUCGAAGGUCUCGUCAUCGACGUUCCCGAUCAAGGUCCAGGGAUAGACGCCGACAUUCUCCUCGAUCUCGAUCCCAAGAAAGGCGUGAUCGAGAAAAAGAGAGGGAACGGAGACAAAAAGGCCUGCCUCAAAUCAAACCAGAAACUGCAAGUGUUUGCAGUACUACACUCUGGGUGGGACAGCUGGACAAAAGGACUACUCAACAGGACGUUGCCAGUCUAUUAGAAGAGUUUGGUCCCAUUGAAUCAAUUAAUAUGAUUCCUCCCAGGGGCUGUGCCUAUAUUGUUAUGGUUCAUAGGCAAGAUGCUUAUCGUGCCCUGCAGAAACUGAGCCGUGGAAACUAUAAAGUAAAUCAAAAAUCCAUAAAGAUUGCCUGGGCCUUAAACAAAGGAAUAAAAGCAGAUUACAAGCAGUAUUGGGAUGUAGAACUUGGCGUUACCUAUAUUCCAUGGGACAAAGUCAAGCCUGAGGAACUGGAGAGUUUUUGUGAAGGAGGAAUGUUGGACAGUGAUACACUUAACCCAGAUUGGAAAGGAAUUCCCAAGAAGCCUGAAAAUGAAGUUGCUCAAAAUGGAGGUGCAGAAAGCUCACAUACAGAACCAGUAUCACCCAUACCUAAACCUUUACCUGUGCCUGUACCUCCUAUUCCUGUUCCUGCACCUAUAACAGUGCCACCUCCACAGGUCCCACCACAUCAGCCGGGUCCUCCUGUAGUUGGUGCUCUUCAGCCACCCACAUUCACACCUCCUUUGGGAAUUCCCCCUCCAGGUUUUGGUCCUGGUGUUCCUCCACCACCUCCUCCACCACCAUUUUUGCGCCCAGGAUUCAAUCCAAUGCAUUUACCACCAGGUUUUCUUCCUCCUGGACCCCCACCUCCUAUAACUCCACCAGUAUCCAUUCCUCCUCCUCACACUCCACCAAUAAGCAUCCCAAACUCUACUAUCGCUGGUAUAAAUGAAGACACUACAAAAGACUUAUCUAUUGGAAAUCCCAUUCCAACAGUGGUGUCUGGGGCUAGAGGAAAUGCCGAGUCUGGUGACAGUGUGAAAAUGUAUGGCUCUGCUGUGCCACCUGCUGCACCCACGAAUCUGCCUACCCCUCCUGUAACCCAGCCUGUUUCACUUCUUGGCACUCAAGGAGUCACUCCUGGUCCUGUAAUCGGGCUCCAGGCACCAUCUACUGGUCUUCUGGGUGCACGACCUGGCCUCAUCCCACUCCAGCGCCCUCCAGGAAUGCCUCCACCUCAUUUACAGAGAUUCCCUCUGAUGCCACCCCGCCCCAUGCCACCGCACAUGAUGCACAGAGGUCCACCACCAGGACCAGGGGGCUUUGCAAUGCCUCCACCGCAUGGAAUGAAAGGGCCCUUCCCACCACAUGGCCCUUUUGUUAGGCCUGGUGGAAUGCCAGGGUUGGGGGGCCCUGGGCCAGGCCCAGGGGGUCCCGAAGACAGAGAUGGAAGGCAGCAACAAUCGCAGCCACAGCCACAGCAGCCACCUCCACCACAGCCACAGCCGCAGCAGCCACCACCAUCACAGCAGCCACCACCAGCCCAGCAGCAGCCACAGCAGUUUAGAAAUGAUAGCAGGCAGCAGUUCAAUUCAGGUAGAGACCAAGAAAGGUUUGGAAGAAGAUCUUUCGGAAAUAGGGUGGAAAAUGACCGGGAACGGUAUGGGAACCGUAAUGAUGAUAGAGAUAAUAGUAAUCGUGAAAGGAGAGAGUGGGGAAGAAGGAGCCCUGACCGGGACAGGCACAGAGACUUGGAAGAGAGAAAUAGACGCUCUAGUGGGCAUCGAGACAGAGAGAGAGAUUCUAGAGAUAGAGAGUCUCGUAGAGAGAAGGAAGAAAACCGAGGAAAGGAAAAGCCUGAGGUGACAGACAGGGCAGGUGGUAACAAAACCGUUGAACCUCCCAUUAGCCAAGUUGGAAAUGUAGACACUGUUUCAGAACUUGCUAAGGGGGAGGCCGAGGCCACAGUGGUGAAACCUUCCGAAGAGUUACCUGCUGAGGCUACCUCAUCCGUUGAACCCGAAAAGGAUUCUGGCUCAGCAGCAGAGGCUCCUCGUUAGAGACUGGAAUUUGUCCCAAUGUGACAGUGACACUUCUGGAGUGUAGAGCUUGAGGUGUACAGAUGCUGUAUUAUAUUUGCUCCUGCUAUAUCACAGCCCCGCAGUAGUUGGUGGGGAAUUGUAAAGCAAUUUGAUUGCUUCCCUUCUAUUUAAAAAUAGCCACAAAAUAACAAAAAAUACUGAAGAUAUGAAUAAAUAUUACCCUUUUUGCUGUAACUUUUUAAAAGUUUUGACUUUAAAAAGUUUACAAAUCGUAAUUAGAAGUGCUCUCUAUUUUUUUUUUUUUUUAAUUUAAGACAAGGUAACGGUGAAAGCUCCUCAAAACAAUAGGGAUGUUUUUAAUAAACUCUAUUUUCGUAACAAA